UUAGUUGGAGGCAAAGGUUCCGAUGAGACUGUUUAUAGUGUUGAGUGUUUGCGUGGCUCUGGCCUCGGCCGGGUACGGCGGUGGCUACGGCGGCGGCGGCGGCGGCGGCGGUGGUGGCGGUCAUGCGUCGUCUUCGGCAUCGGCAUCUGCCUCGGCUGGAUCUAUAGCGGGCGGCGAUGGUGGCGGCAAAUUUGGAGGCGGGCCUGGACCAGGACUUGGAUCUGGCGGUGGCUUUGACGGUGGACUUUCUGGCCCAGGAUUUGGCGGUGGCGGCCAAGGAGGUCCGUUUGGAGGUGGCGCUCAGCAUGGCGGAGGCGAGACCGGAGGUGGUGGAUUUGGAGGAUCUGGCGCAUCCUCAGGUGCUCAUGGAAGCAGCGGUGGAGAAGGAUUAAUUGGAGGUGGCGGUGCUCAUGGAUCCGGAGGUGCACAUGGGGCCGGAGGCGGAUUUAUUGGAGGCGGAGGAGGUCAGGGACUAGGAGGUGGACUUGGAGGAAGUGGCGGCCAUGGAUCUGGUGGUGCAGGAGGAGGAUCGAUCGGAGGAGGCUUUGGAGCCGGCGGUAGUUCCGGCUCUGCCUCUGCUGGAUCAGGUGGUGGACUGUUUGGAGGACACGGAUCUGGAAAGCCCGGCGGUGGCUUCGGAGGUGGUAAUUUUGGAGGAGACCUCGGUGGUUCCGGCGGAUUUAAUGGUGGCGGAGGAGGUCACGGACUAGGAGGUGGACUUGGAGGCAGUGGCGGACAUGGAUCUGGUGGCGCAGGUGGAGGAUCGAGCGGAGGAGGCUUUGGAGCCGGCGGUAGUUCAGGCUCUGCAUCUGCUGGAUCCGGUGGUGGACUGCUUGGAGGACACGGAUCAGGCAAACCCGGCGGUGGCUACGGAGGUGGUCAUUUUGGAGGAGACAUAGGUUUUGGAGGAGGCGGAAUCGGAAUUGGACAUGGACCAGGGAUCGGCGGAGGUCACAGUCAUGGCGCCGGUCUUGGUGGCCCCUUCGCUGGAGGCUUUACUGGAGGGAAUGGUGUUGGAAAAGGAGGCGGAUACGGCGGCGGAGGUGGAGGCGGAUACGGAGGCGGAGGUGGAGGCGGAUACGGAGGUGGAGGCCAUGGCGGCCAUGGCGGCCUCGGUGGCGCUGGAGGCAAGCAUGGAGGCUAUGGAGGAGGAGCUCACUCAAGCGCCUCUUCAGCAGCCUCGGCCACAGCAUCUGCCGGCAGUGGUGGCGGCUACCACGGCUAAUUAGCCGUAGCUGCCUAUUCAAUUUGCCCUAAAAAGUGUUAAAGAAGUGUUGAAUAAAGGUGUUGAUAGCGGUUUCAAUAAGGAUAACAUGUUUACUAUUGUGUUAGGGCGUAUUCGGUUGUGCUAUCAAUUCAAAUAAAAACGGUCUCAAAACUUA